AUGGAGCGACUAUUGGCAGAUAUGCUACAACAAAAAUCAGUGGCAAGGGAUGACUUGCAAGGCGUUCUGCCUGAAAACUUUAGAAGGAUCGGAAACCCUAAAUCUCGCCUCAAUCCGGGGGCACGGGAAUGGCAAGAGGCUCAAGAGAAGACACCGAUCCGCUCCGUAGCGAACAGAUCCAGUAGCAACCCGAGAAGCGUGCGAUGCCACACCGAUGGCGCUUGGAGUAAAGAGCAAAAGAUAAGAGGAAUGGGAUGGAGCUUGCACGAUGGAAAUCAUAUCCCAAUUACACAGAGAUCAACAGCAAGGAAGCACAUAGCAUCACCGCUAAUAGCUGAGGGACUAGCAAUCCGUUACGCCCUAGAACAUGCCCUUGAUCUGAGUUUCUCCUCCUUGCAUGUGGCCUCAGAUUGGCAGAAAAUCAUUAGAGCAAUCAACUCAGGAAGCCAGCUAUCGGAUAUCUAUGGGAUCCUCCAAGAUAUCGCUCAUCUCUCUUCUCUGUUUGUCGAUUUAAUUGUCGUUUCAAUUCCCAGAGAAAAAAGGAGUUAUAGCCAAAAGAGUGAAGACUGUCCAGCGGCUCUAUCGAGAAUCAGCGCCCAACCGCGCAGAACGGCUGGCCGAGGAACGAAUGUUCCGCGCUCGGCCAAAAAAUCCGUCCGUCUGAAGUCUCGGCCAAAGUUCAACCACCGGCCGACGAUAUCACGACCCGGGAAACAAUGUCCCGCGGUCGGCCAAGCCACGCCCACUCACACACCGCGCACGACCGCCGCGCGAGCCGGGAAAACGCCUCGCGGCCGCGCAACCUACUCGUACCACGGCCGAUGGUCCGUCCGAGCCGGGAAAACGUCCCGUCCGGCCGAGAAACCAUCGGCCAUUCCAUCAUCCGUCCGACCACCACGGCCGACCGAGAAACAUCCGGCCACGACCGUUCCGACACGACAACGACCCGAUCGUCCCGACCGACCGUCCGAACGCCGCGGUCGACCCGAAGCCGUUUUUGAAGCCCAAUCCGCACAAUUCAAGCCCAAAGCCGGCGCCGACCUAGCAAGAUUAGCCGACCUGGAGACGUCUAGCCAAGCCGCAUCUUACAGAGAAGAACACCUUCUAGCCACACCAGAAGAGGAGAUUGACCCUGAGCUGAUCGAGUUCGUGAAGAGAGAUCAAUUCCAUGAUCUGUUUUCAGAGUAUGCGCUGGAGCACAUAGAUCACUUUGAUAAUCUUUGUGAUUCCUAUGGAGUUUUUGACUUUGAGAAGAAGAUGAUGCUAUUCAGCACAUCACUAGCUGGACCAGCACUAGAUUGGGCGCAGCAUGACCACUCUACAAUCGAGUCAUGGAUCGAUUUUAGAGAAGCUUUCUUGAAGAGAUUUGCAAGGCUACCACCUUUCAAAUCCAAGUACAACCACUACUCUCAUCAGCUGGAGAGAGAGCGUGAGAAGAAGAAUGGGGAGGCAUACCACCCCAUCCUGAAGUCUUGA